UUCUUUCACUUUACAAGGAAGUAUAUCAGAGACCAGCUGGACAAAAAUUGGUUUCACAAUAAUCUGCCUGAGUCAGAUGAAGUCUUGGCUACAGACAUCUCCUGUGUUUGAUAAUUAUUGAGUUGUGUGUGUGGGGUGUGUGGGGUGUGGCACAGUGUUUGGAAGAGGCAUGAGAGCAAAGAUCCUGCUGUGAGAACAGGAGAGAGUGGCAGUGCAGUGUUGAACUCAGUGUUUCGCCUCCUGAUCCCUCAUGGCGUAUGCAGCGUUCUACAAUUAUACCAAAGGAGGAGCAGCUGCUUCCACACAUGAUGAUGUCCAACAUAGUAGCAGGUUUACAGCCUCUUCUCACACUACAACGUCCCGCUAUGGCAAGUCGCAGCCCAGUGAGGCCACGCCCAAACCGGCAGCUCAGGUCUCCACCGUGAAGCCUGCACAAUUUGAGAAGGCUUCGUCAGGAACUGCCAUGGCAUCAAAACCUGGUCCGGUUACCACAGCAACUGGCCCAGUCGCAGGAAGUGGUAUCAAAGGAGGAGGAAGUGCUUCCAUUGGGACAGCAGGAAAAGAGGCACCUAAAGCCAAAGCGGAGACUAACACCACGCCAGCAGGUGCUACUGUUAUUGACAUGUCGUCAACUGAGGCUACUAUUGUUGACAUGACAUCAGCUGGGGUGAGGGGCGGUCCUACGGAGAUGUCCCAGACUGCACCUGUGUCCCAAGUCAAAGCCGCUGCUGCAGUUCCUUAUCCUGCUGCUGGAGCAGCUGGAGUCGCUGGCUUGACGGCAUCCACUGCUGUGACCAAACCUAAAGAGUCACCCAAAGGCACAGCCAAGAGUGCAACUGCAAUCACAACUCUCGCAGCUGAUUUGCCCAAAGUUGAUCCUGCUAAAACAUCAAAGCCUGCAGCAGCAGCCACGACUGCAGCUAGAUAUGGCUCUGGGCAGGCAAAGAAGGAAGAAGCUAAACCGACUCAGACACAGGUUCAGGUGGAGGUUCCUCCAAAAGCAGCGUCAGGAGCCAAAGAGGCACCUGCAGUGGAUCCAUUCGAUGCCCUUGCCAGCAUACUACCAUCAGCUGAUCCAGUCGUCCCCAAACAGCCCGUUUACACAGGGCCAGAGGUCAAAGAGCAUGAUGUCAUCUCAACGGAGGGUGUGAGAGUGGGAGAAAGAGACGACACGCUUCCACCAGGGUACAGACUGGAAGAUAUGGCUCCACCUCCUGCAGGUUGGAAACCCAAGGAUGUUCCGAAACCUCUGAGCACAGACGAAGCCCUGGAAUCCCUUACAGCAGGAUUCAUGUCCUCAUCUGCACCAGCAGCACCCAAGAAGCAAGAGAAAAAGGACUCUGUUGAAAGCAUCAGUGCUGCCUCUGCUGGCCCAGCUAACUUUGCACCAGCUCCUGUGAAGAAACCUCAACCCCCUGCAGCUGCUCCCUCCACCGAUAAAAAGAUGCAGAAAGUGUCAGAUGAUUUCUCCUUCUCUGCGAAAGCAGCUCCCACUGUGGCUGUUGGUGGUAGUAUGGCUAGUCCUGCUGAGAAAAAGGCCAAGAUAGAGACUCCGGUAGCGGUAUCGUGUGAUUUCUCUCUGGAGAGUGGACUGGAUGCCAAAGCAACGAGCAGGCCCAAGACUGAUGAUGCUGCUCCCAUGUCUCUGGAUGCUCUCAGUGCUCUUGUCGACACAUUGCCAGCUGACGCACCCAAACCUGAACUCCCCGAGGUCAGACCAGAGGACAUCGUCUUGGAGGACAAACACAAGAAGGAGAAGGGUGUGUUUGUAGGAGAGAGGGAUGACUCCAUUCAUCCAAACUACAGGUUCAACAAUGAGAAGCUCAAAAACCUGCCUGCUCAGAAACCCCAGCCCACCAUGGCCACCAAUGAGGCUCUGGACAUUUUGUCUGGAGACUUUGUGGACUCCUCAGCAGCUCCUACGGUCAAAGCUCCUCCUCCUCAGAAAGCCCCUCCAGCUCCUGCUCGCCCUGCUGAUAAAAAAGGAAGGAUGGAUAAGGAUGAUUUCUCUUUGGAGGCUGGACUGACUGCUUCAACUGCUAAGAAAGUUGAAUCCUGUGCAGUUCCUCCUGUCGAUGUGAAAGCUGCAGCCAGAAAGGAUGCCACUGAUGGAAAGUUAAAGACCGACCAGGCUGCUCCUAUGUCUCUGGAUGCUCUCAGUGCUCUGGUAGACACGUUGCCUGCAGACGCACCAAAACCUGAACUCCCCGAGGUCAGACCAGAGGACAUCGUCUCGGAGGACAAACACAAGAAGGAGAAAGGUGUUUUUGUAGGGGAGAGGGAGGACUCCAUUCAUCCAAACUACAGGUUUAACCAGGCGGAACUGGAAAAGCUGCCUGCUCCCAAACCUGAGCCCACCAUGGGUACGGGCGAGGCUCUGGACAUUUUGCUUGGCGACUUUGCGACCCCCUCAGCAGCUCCUUCUGUCCAGUGUAAAGUGGAGGAUGUGUCCGCUCUGGAUGUCCUCUCUGGAGAUUUUGUAGCUCCAACUAAAGCAUCAGGAGUCCAGGCUCCCAUCCCUCCAUCUGUUAAGAAGACACAAGAGAAAAUGGUUCAUCAACAGGAGAAACUUGUCCUCCAACCUAAACAAGCAAAACCUGAUAAGGCUGACCCUAUGUCUCUGGAUGCUCUAAGUGCUCUUGGUAGCUCGCUGCCAGCUGACAAACCCAAACCUGAACUCCCCAAAGUCCGCCCUGAAGACAUGGUCUUGGAGGACAAACACAAGAAGGAGAAAGGUGUGCUUGUGGGGGAGAGGGAGGACUCCAUUCACCCAGACUACAGGUUUAACAAGGCAGAACUGAAAAAGCUGCCUGCUGCCAAACCUGAGCCCACCAUGGGUACGGGCGAGGCUCUGGACAUUUUGCUUGGCGACUUUGCGACCCCCUCAGCAGCUCCUGCUGUCCAGGCUCCUGUUGUCACUCCCUCAGCUCCUCCUGCACAGCCCUCUGCAGACUUUGCUCUGGAUGCAUUGGCGGGAGACUUUGUCACCCCCACUGCUGCUAAAGCUGUGAAGUCUGCGGUUUGUGUUCCCACAGAAACAGACCCACAGCUGCUAGCCGGAGUAGACAAUGCCAUGGAUGCUCUGUCAGACACCUUGAAGGAUAUCCAACCUGCCCCCAUGCCCGCUCCAGUUCCUGUCAAAGACAUUGUUGAUGAGAAAAAGGCUGUUGAAGAGAAGCUGAUUAAGAUGGGAGAGAGAGAUGACACGCUGCCGCCAGAGUAUAGACCCACCGAGGAAGAUCUGAAGAAAAUGGCGGAAGAUAAGGCAAAGGCAGCUGCAGCACCCAAGAAGAGCACUAUGGAUGAUAAAACAGCCCUGGACCUGCUGGCCGGUGACUUCACUCCUAUGGUUCAGCCCAUGGAACUUUGUCAUCUUCCUAAAGCUGAACCAGCAAUGUCCAAACCUCCAGAUCGCUUUGAGAAAAUGGCGGAAGAUAAGGCAAAGGCAGCUGCAGCACCCGUGGAGAUCGUGGAACCGUUUCUUUGUUAUUAUCCUCGAGCUGAAACAAUAAUGGCACCUCCUAUGCCUCCAGUGCUCAUAGAGCCCAUGCCCGGUACCGCCCUGGAUUCGAUGGCGGACACUCUGCUCCCAGACGUCGCAGUGUUCAAUCCGAAAACAGAAAAACCAAAGGGCAAGAGCAAGUCAAAGUCAAGGUCUAAAAAACACCAUGCAGAGGAUCCAUCUGCCACGGACCAGUUACCUGCUCAGCCGAGCUCAGACGUUAUGCCGACAUCUACAAAGAAAGGAGGCAAAAGAUAGACCACUUGGGAAGAUUGUCGGCAAAACUGUCCUUAAGGCCAAAGGGACGCACGAGGGAGCUGCUUCCUGGAUAAUGUUUCUAUUUUUCUAAAACGUCAAGAAUGUAUACUGGAUGAAAGAAAAACCUACUCAUACCCAUAACAUUUGCAGCACGCGUACAUACAGAUUCAGACAUGCAUACAAACACCUACACACACACACACACACACACACACAAAAGCACAUGUGAGUGCGUUGCCUAUUUUGCUCGGUUUUAUUUUUAUUUAAGAAUGGGAAAGAUUGGUUUCUGGCUAGAGAAAGUGACAAAAAUUAUUUUAAAAAAAGGAUGAAGGGUGAGGAAUGAGUGUUGAACGGCCUGAGAAAGGAAAGAAAGUGCGGGGACAGGCACGUUUGUUAGUCAGUGUAUUGAGCGUGCUGAGGGAAGGAAGACGAUGCUCAUCAGAACUCUGCAUGACCACCUCUAGUAUGACAACAUACCUAAGCUUUAGCUGUUUGUAUGACAACAGACAUUAUCUAAGCCUGGUGGUGUUGUAAAAGUUGUUACUUUCAGCUAUUGUGUGAGCAGCAGAGUGGGUGUUAAGUAUCGGGAUGUUUGUGCAAUCUUGGUGUAAAAAGAAAAAAAAAAGCCACCUUUUCUUUCAUGAUGUGGUGAUAUACCAAUAAGACACUAGUGUACAGCUCAGUUUGCUUUUAUUUUGGACAACACGUAGUUUACCAUUUUAAAUAUGUGGAGGAUUUAAAGGAGGCGUUCUGCUUCAAUCUGAUUCGAGAGCUUCUUGCAAAUGCCUAAUACUUUCUGAGGGACUUUUGUAUGUAUUUGGCCUUGUAGAAAAAUAUAAAUGCUGGUGUCCAAAAGUGCACUUAGUGAACUGAGGUGGUAAAAACUUUGUAAACUGCCCUUGUUUGCAUACUGUAAUACAAAAGAUAUUUGCUUUACAUGAACACUGUAUACUUUACAAAAGGACUUUUCAAAUGUAGACAUAAACAUAUUACUUUAAAAAAAAAAGUCUCCAUGUCAAUGUUUUGUGUGGGUGUGAGUCGAACGAUAUGAGAGAUAUUUGAGAUGUGGGAAUACUAAUUAAAUAAAAGAGUUCAAUAAAAAAAAAAUCUAAAACUCGAA